GAGUGAGAGGAAGCGGGAGAGGUGGUGUGCGAUGUACUUCGCUUCAUCAACUUAAUCGAUAUAUUUGGCUUGACCACUUGAUGAGUGACCACUGAACACUGGACUUAUUAACUCAAGCCACCUGCUGUUUCUGCCCACACCUUGUAUAUUUUGGAAACGGUUGACCACAUCACAAUUACGUCACAGAUCACUAUUUGACCACACCCUCCUCCUCCUCCUCCUCCUCCUUCUCCUCCUUUUCCUCCCCCCUCUCUCUCUCUAUCGGAACCAGUAUCAGAGCCAGCCCCAGCUGCAGCACACCGCCACCAUCACUAGCGAGAGAGCACCAACAGCACUGGUUACAUCACCAACACCAAUGGCUUCAUAACAAGUAAAAGCAUUUGACAACUUCGCCUUCUAUCUCGUCGUCAUCAUCAUCAUCAUCAUCAUCAUCAUCGUCAUCAUCGUCAUCAUCGUCAUCAUCGUCAUCAUCAUCAUCAGCAGCAACAACAGUAGCAACAACUACUACUACUACUACUAGAGUAACAUCAAUAUACAGCAAAAAGACAACAUCUACAAUAACAACAACAUAAAUACAAGCAACAAAAAGAAGCAAGUGUAAGGUUUUCAGAAGAACAUCCCCCGACCCCAUCCCAGCGCUAAAAACCAGUACAACAACAACAACAAGAAGAACACCAAGAACAACGACAACAUCAGCAACGAGGAGGAGGAGGAGGAGGGAGACCAGAGCAAGAUCUAAGCUAAAUGGCCAUCCAAUUAAAUUGCUAAUAGCUUUGAAAUUGUUUUUGUGAGCGAAGUACCCUGAAAGGUCAAUUGCUUGACCCCCCCCCCCCCGGUGUCUACGAAGGCGGUGACCAGUCGUUUAUUACCAAAGAAACAAACAUCUUCAUCUGUGCUGGUGAUAGGUCUGAGAAGCGUCCAGCCUGCAGAGAAUAUAAUUUUUUUAUUCUUUAACCUUCCUGGAAUUCUGGAAUUUAACUGUUGGUUUGGUUAAAGUUCGAUUAAAGAAUAUUUUGGAGAAUUUCCUUGGAAUAAUAUCUACAGCGACAACAACAACAACAGCAACAUCAGCAGCAACAGCAACAACAAUAAUAACCGUUGAAAAUAUUUUAUGAAGAUAUUAAUAAUAACAAAAAUUAUAACAGGAAUAAUAUUUGUUGGAGUAUUUUGCUGAAAUUUGUUUACGAAUUAUUUCAAAAGAAAGAAAAAAAAAGUGAUAAAUUAAAAAAUAACUUGACUCGAAUAUUGCAAAUAUAUCGAUCGCUAUAGGAUCGAUACAUCUACGAUUCAAGUACAUUACGUGGAAUUUUAUUCUUGAACUUGGCAAAAAAAAAAUCGAAGGAAUUCGUUUGCAUAAUCAUCACUAGCAACUACAAACGAGGAGAAGGAGAAAAGAGAACAGAGAACACACACACACACGUCCUCAGACAUUAACUUAAGACACGCUCGACAUUUCUUUUUGUGCAUGCAUCACACACACACACACACAUACACUCGCAGACAUACAUGACUCAAAGAUACUUGCAUGACAAAUAAGAAAAUAGAUUUAUCAUACCUACAUAUGCAUACGUUCUCGAUCUCUCCUACAUUUUUACUGAAAAGAUAUUUUAAUUAAACGAAAGAAGAUUUAAGAGUCUAAGAAAGACUGUGAGAAGAUCAUAUUUCUCUUCAUAUUUGAUAUUUUACUUUGAAGAAACUUUCUACAACAACAUCAACAACAACAACAACAACAACUACUACUACUACUACUACUACUACUACUACUACUACUACUACUACUACUACUACUACUACUACUACAAACGCCGAGUGUUUAAGUUAUUCGAGUGACUUUCCUGCAAGGAUUUGAAAUUUAAAUUCAUUUUUAAAAAUAUCUUCGAAUCGAAUAAAAGCUGCAACUAUUUACCACAAUGGAUAUCCACGCAGACACCAAAUGCAAUAUGACAGUGAAAUAUUCGGACUGGACUCUCGAACAAUAUAUUCUAUCGGUGAUUAUCUCCCUUUACGCUCUGGUUGGCACUGUGGGUAACGUCCUAAUUCUAAUUGUUUACUUGAAGAAACAAGAUCGCAAAUCGAGUAGCACGUUCAUCCGAGUGUUAGCCUUGCUUGAUCUGUGUGUGUGCAUGUUUGUCAUGCCCUACACAAUCGUGUACGAGCUUCGCGGUGUUACUUCAGACGCUAUAUGUCACAGUUUCGAAGUUGUCCGCCAUUUCUGCAUCAUGGCGUCGAACGCUUCACUCGUGGCCAUUGCUCUGGAACGCUGUGUCGCCGUCCGCCGACCAACCAGACGUUUAAGCCUGUCACAAGUCAACAAAGGUAUGAUAGUCAUCGUUGUUAUUAGCGUCGUUCUGGCCAUUCCAUCAGUAUUUAUUUUCGCCGUUGUUCCUGGUCCCUAUAAAAUUAACAGCGGUAAUUGUACCGAAGAGAUUGUCAAUUUUCUAAACCCGCCCUUCUGUCACUUCACUAUGUCCUACCUUGGAGAAAUCGGAACCCGCUCUUACCAAGCUUUAUUGAGUAUGUCGUACGGGCUCGCCUGUUUCAGUAUCGUUGUACUUUAUACCCUCAUCUACACGAAAUUAUGGAAGAAAGCUCAGCUGAGGAAGAAAUUGUCCAACCCUCUCGGAAUACCGACCAGUUCUAGUAGCAGCAACAGCAGUUCUGAUCGCUCUACACCAAGUGUUGGUACAGAAAAGAAGAAAUACUUCGACGAAAUGUCAGACUCGACUGGCUGUACUUUGAACAACGCUCGAAAACUCACACCGUCCGUUGAUUCUGAUGUUGAUUCGGGAGUUCAAUCCCCGACACCACCGCUGUCCUCGAACGGUGACAGGAAAAGCACAAAAGGCAACGAGUCAUGCAAAACACAUGGAAAAUUCUCCGACAAAAGACGUUCGAUGCAUCACAACAGGACAGCUAAGAUGUUGUUCCUUUGUACCAUCAUCUACAUCGUGGCUUGGGUGCCAUUCUGGUUGGAUAUAUUUGGCAUCACAAACAGCCUUAUAUUGAGAUACCUCUUUUUAGUGGGUAACGCCAGCAAUCCAAUUGUUUAUGGAAUCGUCAAUGACAGAGUCCGCGAAGAAGUCUGCAAGCUCUUCCGACGAAGAAAACGAAGUGGUUAUCCGUAGAUUGCUUCUAUAGAUUGAUAUUAGUAUUAAUAUUAUGAUUGUAAUUAUUAUUGUUUUUACCAUUUUUCACUUUUAAGUUUAAUUUCCUCCAGAAAAAAAGUUCCAAAAUAUUAGCCGGAACUGAGUAACGAAAUGGAAAAGGAAGUCUAUGAGAAUAAAAAAAAAAAAAACGAACACAAGACAAGAAAAUCAAAUAAAAGUCAGCAAGAAUG